AUGUCCGAGCAAGCCUUCUUCGCCACCCAGACGCAGAUCAAGGAGAGCCUUGGUCUCAAGAAGCUCCCCCUCAUCCGCAACAAGCACUACAAGAAGGACGGUCGCAAGUCGUACCUCCACGUGCUGCGCCGCUUUGGCUUUGAGCCGACCCAGCCGGGCCCUUACGGCUUCGAGGAGCUCAAGCACCUCGAGCAGCGCGGCCUUGCCGGCGGCGCAGUGCGCAUCGGCGGGCGCGCUCGCCUCGCUGAGACGCACAGUCUCGUCAAGAAGACGCCGACGGGCAACGUCCCUGUGGCUGCCGAGGAUAUCCAGAACGACUCGAUGUAUCUUGUCAACGUUCCCAUCGGUACGCCUAGCCAGACGCUCUCCCUGGACUUUGACACUGGCUCGUAUGACCUCUGGGUGUUUUCCACCGAGCUCCCGGCCGCCACGCAGAAGAGCCACAACAACUUCGACACCACCAAGUCGUCCACGUGGCAGGCUUUGAGCGGUUACACCUGGUCGAUCACGUACGGCGACAAGUCGAGCGCCUCGGGCAACGUCGGCACGGACGUGGUCAACCUCGGUGGUCUGCAGGUCAAGAACCAGGCAAUCGAGCUGGCGCAGAAGCUCUCCGCUCAGUUCGCGUCUGGGUCUGGCGACGGCUUGCUUGGCCUCGCUUGGCCGAGCAUCAACACCGUCAAGCCCAAGCAGCAGCUCACGCCUGUGGCCAACCUCAUCUCACAGGGCGCCCUCCCGGCCAACGCCCAGCUCUUCACGUCGGCCUUCUACAGCGACCGCGACGCCGGCGCCCAGAGCUUUUACACAUUUGGCUGGGUCGAUCAGUCCCUUGUGACCGCGUCCGCCAAGGCGAUCGCCUGGACGCCGAUUGACAACACCGGCGGCUUCUGGCAGUUCCCGUCCACGUCGGCCGUCAUCAACGGCAAGAGCAUCCCUCUGUCGGGCAACACUGCCAUCGCCGACACCGGCACCACCCUCGCCCUCCUGUCCGACACGGUCGUCAAGGCGCUCUACGCACAGAUCCCGGGUGCCAAGUACGACGCCAACCAGCAGGGAUACCUCAUCCCGACCACUGUCGCGGCGCAGCAGCUGCCCACGUUCAGUGUCGCUGUUGGCGACAACCAGUUUGUCAUCCAGCCCGAGGACCUCGUGUUCGCGCUCGCCGACAGCACGCACUGGUACGGCGCCAUCCAGUCGCGCGGCAGCAACCCGUUCGACAUUCUUGGCGACGCGUUCCUCAAGUCGGUCUACGCGAUUUGGGACCAGGGCAACGUCCGCUUCGGCCUCGUGCCCAAGAUCCAGCCGACGCAGAACCUGACGCCGGCGCCGGGCGACACUGGCUCGUCGAACGUUGCAGGCAGCACUGUGGUCCGUGACUAG